AUGUCGGAUCUGACAAACUUCACUUCUGUCUUCUCGUCCAGUGUUAACAAUACCCGCGUCGCGAAACGAAACCGCCGCCCUCUGUCUUGCUCGACGUGUCGCGACAGAAAGUUGAAAUGUGAUCGCCAACGACCAUGCAGUUCCUGUAUCAAGAGAGGAGAGUCUUCGACUUGCGAGUACACCUCGGUGGCCGUCAAGCAAAAGCCGAAACCUCGCUCAGUCAAUAGCGAUGCUGCUGCAAGUCGUUUACAGAGACUCGAGGAUAUGGUCAACGGUUUGAUGCAUACUGCACCAAUGAGCAAUUUUGUUGUUACGCCUCCGAGUUCUUCCAUCUCUCCUCAGAUAGACACUCCUGCGUAUUCCGAAGUCUCUGCCGGUGGCCAUCUGAGCCAACAGGGAACUCAGGUCAACUAUAUUGGAGGAACUCACUGGGCUUCCAUUCUAGAAAGCAUCCAUGAGAUUCGCUCAGUCAUGGAUUCGGAUUUGAAUGACGACCCAUCUGAACCAGCACAACCAACACCAUCAUCACUCAAAGCAGAUCCCUUGUUUGGCCAAGAAGAGCUCCUGACCAUCGACCAAGUCCGUGCAGCACUUCCCGAGCGCCACAGAGUCGACAGUCUUGUUGCAUCUUACUUCAAAGAGUCUUUCUUGACUUUGACUUUUAUACACAGUGCCAGGUUUCGGAGAGAAUAUGAAGCUUUCUGGAAGGACCCCACGUCAACGACCUUCUGUUGGUUGAGUAUUCUAUUCUCCAUCAUGUUCAUGGCAGGAAAACUUGCUAUUGCAAGGGGUCAAACUGCGCCUUUCGAACCGUGCAACACGAAGACCGCCGGCUCGUUAAGGAUGGCUGCAAGGUGCCUCGUCGCCGGGCAAUAUCUCAAAGCUCAGCCAUAUUCUGUCGAAGCUUUGCUAUGCCAUUUCCAUUGCGUCUAUGCCCUCCACGCGGAUCCGGAAAUCAAACCAUGGCCCAUCCUCACUAUGGCCACAAGACUUGCACAAAAGAUGGGCUAUCACCGUGAUCCCACACAUUUGUCAGCAAGGCUAUCCCCGUUCGAAAGCGAGAUGCGUCGCCGCGCGUGGCACUACAUUGAGAUAUUCGAUAUCAGCAUGUCAGCUCAUCAAGGUAUACCUGCGAUGAUCAACGUCGACGAAUGCGACUGCCGAUUUCCUGCCAACCUGUUGGACGAAGAUUUAGACGAGAACACUACUGUCCUGCCACCACCGCGCUCUGAUACGACUCACAUCCCUAUGCUGUUCUUCAUCUCCAAAGCCGAAGCUGUACGUCUUAUCCGUCCGGUUAUUCGACAUGCGUUGUCAAAUCGAAGACAUGACGUCGAGGAGACCAACAUUCUCCACGAGAGUCUUGAAAGAAGCCAUCAAAACGUUCCACCAUCCUUACGUAUCCGUACCAUCGCGGAGACUAGUUUCGUGGAUCAGGACUACCUGAUCAUGCAGCGUUUCAUGCUCGAGCUCCAGUACCUCAAGGCGUUCUGUAUCCUACACAGACCAUACUUGAGUUGCAAAAAGGAUGAUCCUGCGUUCGAAAGAUCGAGAGCGAUCUGUGUGAGAUCUGCACUCCGACAGCUCGACCUACAAAACGACUACUUUGAAGCUCUGCAGCCACAGGGACGUCUGUACCAGAGCAAGUGGAUGUUCACCAACAUCACCCUUCACGAACAGUUCGCGGCAGCCAUGAUAGUUUGUUUGGAUCUGAACGAAUCAAGAUCUCAAAGUCGCGAGGUGAGGUUACGCAAAAUCGAAGCGUUACAGAAGGCCCGACAUGUCUGGUCCAGCAAGAAGCCUGCAUACCGUGACGCGGUUCGCGCGAGUCGUGUUCUGGGUUGUAUGCUCGCAAGAUUAGAUGGCGAACAUCCAUCAAUUUUGGUGUCUGAAAGUCACAACCCACAAGAAGAUGACCGAAACUCAACUAUUACGAUACAGGAAAAUCUUGUCCCGCAACAAGAUGUGACAGCACUUCAAGAUGCUACUUACGACAUGAUGGACAUCACAUCCCUAGAGAGCAUAUUCGAUAAUCCUGAUCUGCUGAAUUGGGUGAGUAUCACAUAUGAUGUAUCAAUACAAUAA